UCUGUCAUUUUCAUUCUUUCUCAACAUGGCCGUCAGUGCUUUAUCUAAAUACGAAUUGUAAGAUUCGUGCGUGAGUUUAGGAGUGUUUCAUUGAUUAUAAUAUAAUUUUAAUGACUUAAUUGAUAAAGUGUUGCGGCAUGUUUCCUCUAACGCCGCCAGUUGUGAAGCGACUGUUAGGGUGGAAAAAGGGCCCCGAAGGGUCGUCUGUUGCUGAAGAUAAGUGGUCUGAGAAGGCUGUCAAGAGCUUAGUAAAGAAAUUGAAGAAAAGUGGAGCCCUAGAGGAACUGGAAAAAGCAAUUUCCAGCCAAAAUAGUCAUACUAAAUGUGUUACAAUACCCAGAGUGAAGCCAAAUGAAAAUAUUAUAAACGGCCAGAAUCGCAAGGGUUUGCCGCAUGUUGUCUACUGUCGGCUGUGGCGGUGGCCGCAGCUCCAGAGCCAGCAUGAACUAAAGCCCGUGGACCACUGCGAGUUCGCGUACCAGCUAAAGAAAGACGAAGUGUGCAUCAACCCUUACCACUAUCACAAAAUCGAUUCACCUGCCCUCCCGCCCAUCCUAGUGCCGCGGUGCGAGGGCGAGGCGCGCGCGCCGCCGCCGCCGCCCUACUCGCACUACAUCCGCGAGCCCGAGCCGGAGAUGCAAACGGGCGGUGUGGUGGGCGUCGGCGCGCUGACACACAGCGCCAUGUACCUCGAGGCCACGCUGGGGCAGCAGGUGCCCUCAAACACCACAGUGCACGUGAGCGCGGCCACCGUGGAGACUCCGCCGCCGGGCUACAUGAGCGAGGACAACGACCCCAUGGACCACAACGACAACAUGAACUUGGCGCCCCUCACGCCGCCCCCCGGCGGCCCCGAGGCGGCCCCCGUGCUCUACCACGAGCCCGCCUUCUGGUGCAGCAUCUCCUACUACGAGCUCAACACCCGCGUCGGCGAGACCUUCCAUGCCAGCCAGCCCUCCAUCACUGUGGACGGGUUCACCGACCCCAGCAACAGCGAGAGGUACCGUCCACCACCAGCCCGCCUUCUGGUGCAGCAUCUCCUACUACGAGCUCAACACCCGCGUCGGCGAGACCUUCCAUGCCAGCCAGCCCUCCAUCACUGUGGACGGGUUCACCGACCCCAGCAACAGCGAGAGGUACCGUCCACCACCAGCCCGCCUUCUGGUGCAGCAUCUCCUACUACGAGCUCAACACCCGCGUCGGCGAGACCUUCCAUGCCAGCCAGCCCUCCAUCACUGUGGACGGGUUCACCGACCCCAGCAACAGCGAGAGGUACCGUCCACCACCAGCCCGCCUUCUGGUGCAGCAUCUCCUACUACGAGCUCAACACCCGCGUCGGCGAGACCUUCCAUGCCAGCCAGCCCUCCAUCACUGUGGACGGGUUCACCGACCCCAGCAACAGCGAGAGGUACCGUCCACCACCAGCCCGCCUUCUGGUGCAGCAUCUCCUACUACGAGCUCAACACCCGCGUCGGCGAGACCUUCCAUGCCAGCCAGCCCUCCAUCACUGUGGACGGGUUCACCGACCCCAGCAACAGCGAGAGGUACCGUCCACCACCAGCCCGCCUUCUGGUGCAGCAUCUCCUACUACGAGCUCAACACCCGCGUCGGCGAGACCUUCCAUGCCAGCCAGCCCUCCAUCACUGUGGACGGGUUCACCGACCCCAGCAACAGCGAGAGGUACCGUCCACCACCAGCCCGCCUUCUGGUGCAGCAUCUCCUACUACGAGCUCAACACCCGCGUCGGCGAGACCUUCCAUGCCAGCCAGCCCUCCAUCACUGUGGACGGGUUCACCGACCCCAGCAACAGCGAGAGGUUCUGCCUGGGCCUCCUGUCCAACGUGAACCGCAACGAGGUGGUGGAGCAGACUCGGCGGCACAUCGGCAAGGGCGUGCGCCUCUAUUACAUUGGCGGUGAAGUGUUCGCGGAGUGUCUGAGCGACUCCUCAAUCUUCGUGCAGAGCCCCAACUGCAACCAGCGCUACGGCUGGCAUCCCGCCACCGUCUGCAAGAUCCCCCCCGGCUGCAACCUGAAGAUCUUCAACAACCAAGAGUUCGCCGCUCUGCUGUCGGCCUCGGUGCCGCAGGGCUUCGAGGCCGUGUUCCAGCUGACGCGCAUGUGCACCAUCCGCAUGAGCUUCGUCAAGGGCUGGGGCGCCGAGUACAGACGGCAGACGGUGACAUCGACGCCAUGUUGGAUCGAGCUGCAUCUGAACGGGCCGUUGCAGUGGCUGGAUCGCGUGCUCACACAGAUGGGCUCCCCGCGCCUCCCCUGCUCGUCCAUGUCCUAGGUAACACACUAGCCUAGGAAGCACCGAAAUAAAUAAAUCUAAGCGUAGCUCAAACCUAAUUCAAAUACCUCUGUCAUGAGUCUUAGUAACUAAAGUAAGGACAUUGCUACACUUUUAUAUA